AUGGGCUUAAAAGUUCAAAACAAUCAACUUUUAAACGUACCAAAUACGUUGACACCUGAUGGUUUAUUACCAUUGAGAAGCCAAUCAAGAAAGAUAACACGAAAUUUAUGGAGUUACAUACCAUUAGUCUGUUAUUGUUCAUUAAAAUCAAAAUGUUCAAAUCUAAUACUGAAUUCAUUUCAGCAUCCAAUUAUACGGGCGUCAUCAAUAAAUGAAAAUAAUGAUCCCUUAUUUACAUUAAUGAUUGAUCAAAAAACAUAUCCAAAUACAUAUAUGAAUCAAACAUCUUAUUGGCAAUUAGAUCAAAGUACAACAAUAUCACCAGGAACAAAAUAUAAAAAGAGUCAUAAAAAAGUCUAUGGUCUAUCAGAACAACAAAGUCGACAAUUUGCUUAUAGUUUUGAUGUUAAACUUGGAUCAAAAUUAUUUGUAGAAUUAUCAGCAUUAAUAAAAGAACAAUUUGGUACAACGUUAAGUAUUGUUGAGAUAACAGAACAGGUUAAUGAAUAUGUGUUUCCUGUUCAAUCAUUUAGACAAACAGUGGGUAUUUAUCAAAUGAUUUAUGAAUAUCAAAUACAUUUAGAACCAAAUUUAAUUGAUUAUUUAAGAAAAAAUGCAGACAAGUUUGUACGUUGUUCAUCGUUUCUUGGUUUAAGAAAACAAACAUGUGGCUUUUGUGAGGCAGUUAUGCCUAUUAUUUAUAAAUCACCAAAUUAUGAACAAGUUGCCAUUAAAACAGAGGAUAAUAAGGUAUCAUCAACCACAACAAGCACAUCAACCACGACAAGUACAUCAACAAUAAAAUUUAACAAAGUUCCAAAAAAAAAGAGCAAUGUUUUGUUUGGUUUUUUGAUGACAUUUGUAGCAAUUAUAUUAAUAAUUGGUGUUAUACUUAGUAUUUUUAUUGCAUAUAAAAAAUUGAACAAUCACCAUCAAUCUAUUCCUCAAAAUGGAGAUGAAGAUAUUGAUUUAAACAUGCCAGAACGAACUACAACUCGAUGGAUAUUUUGUUAG